CCACCGCUAGUCGGUGAGUCUCGCGAUAUCUCACACUAUGCGCGUGCCCAACCUCGCGCACGGAGGAGCUGAGUUGGAGGAUCAUGGCGGAGCGCAGGCGGCACAAGAAACGGAUCCAGGAGGUGAGCGAGCCCACCAAGGAGGAGAAGGCGGUGGCCAAGUACCUUCGAUUUAACUGCCCAACCAAGUCCACAAACAUGAUGGGCCACCGAGUGGACUACUUUAUUGCCGUCAAGGCUGUGGACUGUCUGCUGGACUCCAAGUGGGCCAAAGCUAAGAAGGGAGAGGAGGCGCUCUUCACCACCAGGGAAUCAGUGGUGGAUUACUGCAACAGACUGCUAAAGAAGCAGUUCUUUCACCGAGCUCUCAAGGUGAUGAAGAAAAAGCCAGAAAAAGACUCCAAGAAAGAGAAGGAGAAAGCCAAGGGUGACAGCAGCAAAGAGGAGGAGAAAAAAGGGAAGAAAGAGAAGAAGAAAGAGUCAGAGGCUCCUGAAACUAAGAAAGAGAAAAGUGAUGACAGUCCUGGAACCCCAAAGAAAAAGAAAGAAGUGAAGAAGAAGUUUAAACUGGAGCCUCACGAGGAUCAGCUAUUCCUGGAUGGAAACGAGGUUUACGUGUGGAUUUACGAUCCUGUCCAUUUCAAGACGUUUGCUAUGGGUCUGAUCCUUGUUAUUGCAGUGAUAGCAGCCACUCUGUUCCCGCUUUGGCCAGCAGAAAUGCGUGUUGGAGUGUACUAUCUGAGUGUUGCAGCCGGCUGCUUCGUGGCCAGUAUCCUGCUUCUAGCUGUCGCUCGCUGCAUUCUCUUCCUGCUCAUCUGGCUGGUGACUGGUGGGCGGCAUCACUUCUGGUUCCUUCCCAACCUGACAGCAGAUGUUGGUUUCAUCGACUCUUUCAGGCCCCUCUACACUCAUGAAUACAAAGGACCGCGAGCCAGUGAUAAGAAGGGCUCGGACAAGACAGACGAGAAGGACAGUGGCGCCACCACCAAGGCUCAGAAGUCAGACAGUGAUGAGAAGUCAGAUAGCGAGAAGAAGGAUGGUGACGACGAUGAGGAGGAUGAAGAAGAGGAGAGCAAAGAUGUAGGACCAGAGGACAGUAAAGAAGCAGAAGGGGAGGAAAAUGAAGAGCACCACUCAGACACAGACAGCGACCGUCGAGAGGACGAAGGCUCGCAGCACAGCAACGGAAACGACUUUGAGAUGAUCACCAGGGAAGAGCUGGAGCAGCACACAGAGGAGGAGGAGGAAGAUGAUGAGGAGACACAAGAGAGGAAAGAAGGUGGAGGGAGUGAAACUAAACCCCAGACUGCUGAAACAUAAACUUAUUCUGAUCCCGUCACUCUCUACUUCUCUCUGUCCUUUCCUCCCUUCCUGCUGUGAUCCCAGGACCUGCUGGUCCGGUCUCUCUAAGCUCGCUGAGGCCCCAGAGGGGCUUCAUCUCUUGUUGUUGAGAUCUUCCACUAAACAGUACCGGGAUAGACACAACACUGAAAUGUUAACAGCUAUGAUAGUGGGGAAAGAUGUUUAAGAAGCCUUAUGGUGGAUCAGAUUCCCCCCAAAUGUUAUUUAUGGUAAAAUAAAAUUGCCACCAGACACAUUUGCCUGAGGAACCCAUCAGACCAGAACAUCUCUGAUGGAAGGUUUUUGGUUCUAUUUCUUUUUGGCUCCUCAUGUCAUGAAGUUGCUUUGUCUCAAUUCAGCUCAAGAUAUUUUUUUAUUGUGUCCCAUGUCACUGACUAAAUUUGGAUGUUUUGUAUGAGAGGUCAGCUCCAGAUCUUAGAGCCAGAUGGUAUAAAAGAUUGAUGAUAAAUUGACAAUAAGAGAGUCCUUUUUUUUUUUUUUUUUUUUUUAAAACGUAAUUGUCCCUCGAGCUCCACACUGUUAGUCUAAUCACAGGAGUUAAUCCAGCUCAGCCAGGAGCACUCUUUGCAUCCUGUUGAACACCAGUGAGUCUGAUAGUUUUCUCAGGCAGCACUUAAAGCAAAAUGAGCAACGUAUCAGAUCUGAAAUAUGAACUUAGCAGGGUGGACCAAAUCCUGUAGUUUACUCAAAGAAAACUAAAAAGAAACUGACCAUAUUGUGGCUGGAUUGAGUGUUUGGACAGCAGAGUAGUACAGCUCUUUGAGGUACUUUCCAUUUCCAUUGUCUUUUUUUUUUUAAAUGGAUCAUAGUGCAAUCCUCUAAACACUUUGUGAAGUACGUCUAGUUCAUUUUAAUAAGGUGGGACUCAUCUUUAAGAGUAAAUGUAAUCAACUGGGACAAAGCUGGCAUACUUCAUUUUCUUUUUUAGGAAAACAUUGCGGUAUUUGCUGUGUAACUACAACUAGAAGACAUAAUGUUGACUGAAUUAUUUGCAAACUGAACCAGAUUUACAGUAAAGCAAACUCUAGUGCCAAACAUAGCAAAUAAUGACGCAUGCUUUUUAACGUGGCGUGUGAGAGCGAGGGGGACAUUGUGAAUUUGUUCAUUUUGUUACCGCAGUGUCAAACUCUCCAAAGUUUUCACAUCUUUUUGACUAAAUGAACAGAAAAAGCACAGCACAAGUUUGUUAGUGCGCAGCUACACAAAAGUUUUUUGGUCUCAAUGAAACCGUGCAAAGGUGUUCACACUAGACUCCCAUCCAAACCAGUCCUGUUUAGUCUCACACAAGCUGUUGUGUGAAAACAGUGUUUUGUUUUUUAAAUUACAGCUCCACUGACCAGUCGAAGCUGGCAGCAGUGGUCCAGUAAUCGAGGUCCAAGCUGUUCCUUCACAUUAUUUUUUGGCUAGAAAUGUCUUAGAUGCUCUUUGUAGUCAUAGUGAGGAUCAUAUUUAAGUAUAAAAAAUAGAAAUGUAUCAUUUAUAUAUGGAGUCUAUCGAUAUAUAAAAUAUAUACAGUACACAGUCUAAAAAACUAUGAAACAAGCUUUUGUCCCUUGUUUUUUUUUUUUUUUGCCUUAGGUGUAAUUUUAUUCCACAGAGAGUCUAUUUUUGUUUUUGUAUGAUCAAUAAGUGCACUCAUUAUUUAAAGGUAACAUCUGGGAUUAGAAAGCAGUGGGGUUAGAUAUCAGCAUUUUUUUCCCUUAUUUUUUCCCUUUGCCUCUAUCAUGUUAACUGUGUGAUUUGGUCGGUUAAUUGUGUGCUGCCAUGUCACUAACAUCCCACUAACAGCAGUCGGUCAUUAACCUGACCUUAUGAAGCCAGCAGUUUGUGUAACGCUGACUGCAACUGGCAAUUGCAACACAAGCUGAUAACAUCAUUUUUUAAAAUAUAUUCCACAUAGCUUUCUGUACAUGAUGUUUUGUUUUGCCCAAAAACAAACUACUCCUUCAGACUGUAUUUAUGUAGUUAGUUUCGGUCUGCUGUAAUCCCACUGAGGUUUGUAGCUCUCGGACUUUCGAACUUGUGCACCAUGUCGUCUUGUUUGUCAGCAUCUUUCUUUUUUCUUCCCCAAACGGGCAAAGUGCAUCUCUGUUUACUGAGUUGCCAGUGUGCCAGUGGCUGUACUCUGAAUAUUAGCAUAACCGUUUCAGAAAAGAGAGGAAAAAAAGGAUUCUCCCAGCUGUUCUUGACUGUUGCACAGUAUCGGUCUGUUGUAUAUUGUAGUAUUAUUACUCUCUGUGCUGCUGCUUCUCAUCACACAUUUCUGGGGGAAAUAAAAGUGAAACUGUAAAAUAUCCAUGUUUUAUCUCUGGUCAAAAACCAUGUCUUUUGAUCACCUAGUUGUCCACAUUUGGAUCAAUAUCAUUCUCAAGACCGUCUCCUGAAAUAUUGGGAGUAUAAUUUAAUAAAAUUGGAUGUCUGGAAAUAUACCUGUAUCUUAUCAUUGCAAUAAAAAUCUAGAAAGCACAA